AAGCUUAUAUAUAAGCGUCAGGAAGGCGAAAACCAUAAUCUUCGUAAAAUUAAGAUUUGUUCAUGGGACUCAUGUUCUAAUCGAUGAACUGAAUUGCCUCAGAAAAAUAUGGAUCAACCAAGUCAAUCCACUUCAAAGAAAGUAGAAAGACGCAUAAUUGAGAAAAAUAGGAGAAAUCAGAUGAAAUUCCUCUACUCCAGGCUCAAUUCCCUCCUCCCUAAUCACAACUCCAAGGAGCCAGUAUCAGUACCUGAUCAAAUAGAUGAGGCAAUAAACUACAUCAAAAGUCUAGAGACAAAGCUGAAGAAAUCUAAGGAGAUGAAACAGAGAUUAACAGGCAGAAAAAGAUCAUAUCCAUGCACAAACUUUGAAGAAAAGGCGACCGUAAAAUCUCCGAAAAUCGAAAUCCGUGAAAUGGGUUCUACCACGGAGGUCGUUUUGGUAACUGGGCUAGAUAAACAGUUCAUCUUCUACGAAAUUAUUCACAUUCUUCAUGAAGAACAAGCGGACGUGCUGACUGCCAGUUUUUCGAUUGCUGGGGACUCGAUUCUCCACAUAGUGCACGCAGAGAAUCUGGGAUCUUCAUUCGAUUUUGGAGCUGCAAAAGUGACUGAGAGGCUGAAAAGACUAGUUUACGGAUCCACCAGUGACGUAGAUCAACUGGAGCCAGACCUGUGGGACUUCAAUAUCCAUUCUGAACCGUGGGAUUUCUGAAGAUAUAUAAUGUAUUAAUGUGAAUGGUUGAAAUUAAUUCCCAUGGUAGCCAGAUAAAAGUUGAAGCCUAUAAAUUUAUCGGAAAUGGUAGCCAUGCAUGUAUUCCUCCUCGCGAUAACAGAUUUGAAGAAGAUGCAUUAUAACCUGAUUGAUCUUAGUUUGGGUUCCAAAUGUUUUCGGAUUUAGUUGAUCCUUACAUGAUAUAUUACUGAUUGGACUUGUUAAUUUGCUCUUUAACAAGGUUACUUCCAACUAGCUUGAACUUAUCGA